AUGGACUCCAUGUGGACUGAUCUACUCAGACAAGACGAGCGGUGCUGCUUGGCUAUCUGCCUAGCUGUCAACUGUCCCCACAACGGACUGACUGACGAUACGUGGUACCCUCCGUUUGACAAAGUUAAGGAGGACAUCAAUAGCUCCUCGGGAGACCGGUUCCUCGCCUAUGUCAUAAGCUGUCUGUGUGGGCCACUCCAGGGCAAAGAGUUCGUCGUCAAGGUAGCCGCGCUUCUGGCGUGCCUGAAGCUCCGCGACGCGAACGACCAACCAGAUGAUGGCCCUCCCGACAACAGAAUUAACCUGCUGUUCGAGUUUGACAAGGCUUUAAACUUUGACUUUGGCAACAUUCCAGUCAUUAUCAAGGUGCUGGAGCAAGUUUUGAUAUUCUCGGCGCGGAUAUUAGAGAUCCAUUCGCCGGAAGACACGACCCAUCCGGGUUUGCUGCCCGCGACUCUCAAUCUCUGCGACGACUCCGUAUCGAGGAAGAUGCUUUAUAUGUACUGCUGCGUACGGAUCUUGUUUCCCGACACCCAUGAGUCGUCGAUGCACCGGACAAGGGCUGUCUUUCAGUUGAACACCACAGACGCGUCUGAGCUGUUUAUCGACACGCUUAGCGACGAAGAGCUGGAGUCGCCAGGCCAUUCUACGUGUAGCAUGGAUGAAGAGUUGUCCAUCGAUGAGUGUGUCAGCACGUCUGAUGGCGAUUCUAGCUUCUUUGAGGGCUCAGAUAUGUCAGAGGACAGCGCUAAGUCCGACACAGACGAAGAUGAUGAGGACGUAGACUAG